AUGGACAGCACUGCUUUCCCCACACUGACUUUGUUGAUCCUCUUCCUCAGCCAGAGUUCUAUUGCUGAGGCCGACACUGAGACUUUAUCCUGUCCAGAACACCAGGAGGGCUUUGACGGUUCCUGCUACGAGUUUGUGGGUCUGCAGCAGCCCUUUCUGAGUGCCCAGGGAUGGUGUGAGCGGGGCGGUGGACACCUCGCCUUCAUCCUGAACGAUGAAGCUCAGCAGUUCCUGCAGAAACACCUGGAGCCAGAGAAGGACUGGUGGCUUGGGCUGGCACCUGCCGCUCCAAACCUCACGCUGGAGGCUGCUGCCACUGAGGGUUCCCUUGCGUGGCUGGACAGCUCAGAUGUCAGCUACAGUAACUGGGUGAACGUGCCAGUUGCACAAGCAGCCUGUGGAUAUGUCCUCAGUCAUUCAGGUUUCCAGUGGGAAGCCACAGCGAACUGCAGCCAGGAAUUCAACUUCAUCUGCCAGUUUGAUUCCGGGAGAUCUAUUGCAUGUGAUGGUCAAAAUGCGACACUGCAGUGUGGUUCUGGUCAAGUUAUCGAGAUUGACGACAGCUUCUACGGUCGGAAGACGGUUCACUACUGCCGAUCCAAACUGACAGCGUCGCCCACGUCCUCGCAGGAGGAGUGCAGCUGGAUAGAUGUGGUGGAUUCAGUCACAGCCAAUUGCCACGGACUGCAGGCUUGUCAGGCUCCAGUGGAUCUGAGCUCUUUUGGUGAACCAUGUCCUGCGCUGGGAAGUUACCUGUCUGUAGAGUACCACUGCAAACACGGACUCCACUUGUUGAUGAGCAAACUGGCGGCUGUCUUUGAUAAUGUCACCAUCACAGUGAAGUGGCUCCUCCAUCCAUUUCAGGGAAACCUGACGUGCACAGUGAACGCUGGAGACGGCCACACUAUUGAUCCGUACAGCCCGGAAGAGAUGGAGAGUUCCAUCAUUCACAAAUUCACCCGCCCUGGUGUUUUCAUGGUUGUGGUGGAGUGCACCACCAGCGACUGGCACGUUGCAGCUCAGAAAGCCAUAACCAUCCAGGAGCCUGUUGGAGAGUUUAAAGAGAUCAGGUGCUAUAGCAGGAACGAGUCAGCAGAUGGCGGUAAAUGCACUGCGCUGUAUGGCAGACCCGUUCAAGUUCAGUUGAUGGUUGAAGCAGGUACAAAUGUUUCCUACACGAUUCAACGUGAGGACUAUGUGGUGGCAAACACAUCAGUGGACAGAGGGAUUGAACCCCACAACAUUACACUGAACUCAAGUGUGGCAGAGACGCUUGGCAACGGCUGCCACAACCUGACUCUGACUGCUUCCAAUAGGGUCACAGCCUGCUCAGUGUCCACUGACCUGGAGCUGUGUCUGCUGGAGCCUGUGGAAGGCCUGCAGGCCUCAGUGAUGUCAGAGGACAGCGAGUGUCCAGCCUCCUCAGAAGUCAUCUUCAGGGUUUCAUUGGAGCGAGGGGCCCCUGUGCAGCUUUUCUUCAACCUCACUGGAGUCUGGGAAACUUUGUCUGAGACCAGAGACAUGCUCAACGGCAGCUUACAAGAGUAUACGUUCUCCAGUUCGUUAGAGGGGUUGUUUAAAGUUGAAGUUCGAGCCGCAAACGCCUUUUCCGCCUCUGAUGUGGACGUGGACUUGGAGAAAAUACUCGAGGCUUGUAAGAAUUAUUCAGACUUUUCACCAGAUGAACUUGGAAACAUGACAGACGAUACGAGCGUUCCUGACUCUCCCAACUUGAAAAUAGCUGCUGCUCCUGCCACUGUGAUCAACUACGCUAACAGUGUCACACUGACAGUAAAUGGAAUAGAAUCAUUACCCAGUGAAGGGCUUGCGUUUGCAUGGAGGUGCAGAGGAAACUGCAAAUGCAGAAACAAAACAAUGGAUCUGCUUCACGUCAUCGAAAAAGAUUGCCUUCCUAAUCCCUUUGAAUUUAACAAAUACGUUUUCAAUGUGAAAAAAAGAAGCUUGUUUAGGAAAUGGGGUGAACUUGGUUGGGCUUCAAAAUGCAUCACUGUUGCUCCUAAAGAAUUCACAAACGUCAAAAUCAGUUGUGAUAAUUGUGCUUCUAUAGACGUGAACGACAAUGUAAAGCUGAAACUUAGCUGUGACACAACUUGUCCCGACGUGGACUGGUACAUUGAGGACCCCAAACCUCUGAAUGGUACCGUUGCUCCAUGUUACAGGCGAGCAGGAUGGAGGCCCCCUAUUGAGAAGCAGGAGGGCGGCACUGAAUAUACUGUACACAAACAACAUCUGAAAGUUUCAAGGGAGAAACUGCGAAACAUCAUAGUGAUUGCUUACGGCGAGAAGGAGGCAGGAUUUGCCAGGUUCACUCUACCAGUACCGAACCCUGAGCCGACUGAACCAGCUGCCAUCCAAACCGAUGCUCCGACGGGCCCCAGCCCCCCCUCGUGUAGCAUCUCUCCCACAUCAGGGACGGUUCUUGAUGCUUUUGACAUCACGUGCAAACCGAGCUCCUUCUGCUCUGAAGGCUGUUUUUAUUGCUUCACGACUGACACAGGAAAACAUCUGCGCUGCAGUAAUGCAAAUGAGGUGAAAUCUGUCUUCCUGCCACUCGGAGAUAAGAACAACGAUUACAGCUUGUCUGUUGUGGUGACAGUGAAGAAUGGAGAUGAGAAAGUUACCACAACUGUCACUGCUCAGGUAAGAAGAAGUGAGUCCAGCUCCUCAGUGGAGUUUCUUCAGUCUGCAGUGCAGGACACUGUGACUCAGUUAGAGGAGCAAGGCCUGCUCUCUGGGGAAGCACUCGGACAAAUGUUCACCUCAGUGUCUGACAUGCUGAAUACGGAGGUCGGCCAAGAUCAGAAGGAUGCAAGGACGAAGCUCAGAGAGACAAUGCUGACCAAAAUGGCCACAGUGCUGGUGGACGCCCCCUCCAACACAACGCAGGAAGUGCAAGUGACGGCCCGAGCUGUGGCUGGACUCACCCAGCGCUCGGAUGAGCUCACUCCCGCUGCUCAAGAAGAAGCAGGUUUGUUGCUGGUCGACCUCAGCGCCUCCCUCAACACCAUCAGUAUUACUCAGGACGACAGGGACGAGGGAGGAGUUGUGAAAGCAGCUACACCAAUAGUUGAAGCAUCCAGUAAUAUUUUGAAUGUUUCAACGAAUAAAAAAGUCUCAGACUUUCUCCUGACUGGGAUAAACAACGUACAAAGUGCUUUGCUGAAUAAUAAAAAGAUGGAUGGAGAGCCUGCCAUCAUUGAUUCUGGUCAGAUCAGCGUGUAUGUCAACAGAGUAUUUCCAGAAACGAUGCAGACACAAGAUAUAAACGUACAGAAGAGCAGCUCGUCCAGGUUUUCAUUCCCUCGACUGCCGGAAGACGUUGUUUCUUCAGAUGAGCUGGUGGAUGUCAGGAUGAUGAGCUUUGAGAAGAAUCCAUAUUCUUGGAAGGAGGGAAACAUCACAGGAACUGUAGGAUCAGUGUCUCUCACUAGGGUCAACGGCACGGUCAUUCCUGUCGAGAACUUACCUGAUGAGAUUGAGAUUUUCCUUCCAAGGCCUGACGUUGGGCAGGAGAACAGCACGAUCCUUGACCUCGCCAAUUUCAGCACGUUAAUAAUCGACGUCCCCUCGCCGGAUGUGACACUGGUGCUGAAAAUGGAGCCGUCUGAUAACAUUUCCUUCAUGUUGUACCUGGGAUAUAAAGAUUAUCCAAAUGAGGAGAAUUAUGUUGCUAAAACUCAGCUCCCUCUAGAGAAUACCAAAGAAGAGGAGAAAUACACCUGGGUGCUGAGUCCCAGUGACAGAACAGCAGACGUUGGUGUGCACUACCUUGUGAUGAAGCCCAUUGUAGAAGCAGGCAUCAAAUCCAUCAACACCACUGUCACAGUGGUUUCCAUCGCUGCUCAGUGCAAAUACUGGAAUGAGACGGACUCUUCUUGGAGUGAAGAUGGCUGCAGGGUUGGCCCGCUCACCACGCCUUUGGUCACUCAGUGCCUCUGUAACCACUUGACUUUCUUCGGCAGCUCUUUCUUCGUCAUGCCCAACUUGGUGGAUGUGUCGCGCACCGCGGAACUUUUCGCCACAUUCACCAACAAUCCCGUGGUGGUGUGUUUCGUGGGGGCCAUCUUUGCUGCGUAUCUCCUGGUGGUUGUGUGGGCCCGCAGGAAAGACAUCCAGGACUCAGCCAAGGUCAAGAUAACAGUGCUUGAGGACAACGACCCCCUGGCCGAGUAUCGUUAUGUGCUGAGUGUCAGCACCGGACAUCGGCAUGGUGCAUCCACCUCCUCUCAGGUGACAAUAACUCUGUUGGGUACAGAGGGAGAGAGUGACCCCCACCACCUGACGGACCAUGAGAAACCUGUGUUCGAGAGGGGCGGCGUGGACAUGAUACUGCUGACCACACACUUUUCUCUGGGAGAUCUGCAGAGCAUCAGACUGUGGCACGACAACUCGGGAGAACAGCCGGCGUGGUAUGUCAACAAAGUGAUGGUGCAGGAUCUGGAGAGUGGUCAGAAGUGGCACUUCCUGUGCAACUCGUGGCUGGCUGUGGAUGUGGGAGAGUGCGCUCUGGACAAGGUCUUCCCUGUAGCGACAGAAAUGGAUUUGAAGAAGUUUAGUAACUUGUUCUUCAUGAAGACGGCUAAAGAUUUCCGCGAUGGCCACAUCUGGUUCUCUGUGAUCAGUCGGCCUCCGUGCAGCACUUUCACACGUGUGCAGCGAGUGUCCUGCUGCUUCUCUCUUCUGCUGUGCACCAUGUUGACCAGCAUUAUGUUUUGGGGCAUCCCGACAGACCCAUCUGAGCAGACCAUGGACCUGGGCCACAUCGAGUUCACCUGGCAACAGGUUAUGAUCGGAGUUCAAAGUUCAAUCAUCAUGUUCCCCAUCAAUCUCCUUAUUGUGAGCAUCUUCAGAAACACUCGUCCUCGUGAGAAAACCAGUAAAACAGACGCGUCCAAACAGGGGAAGACCCGUCGAGUUUCUCCCUCACAGAUGUCUUCGCCACAGAAGGAGCUGAAGGAUAUCACAGCAGACACCGUGAUCAAGGACAUAAAGAAAAUUGCUCAGUCGCUCUCAAAGGCCAUGAAGAGUCCACUGUCCCUUCAUCAGGAGCUGCGUCAGCAAGCAGACAUCAACACUCUGCUGUCUCUGGUGGAGGACAUCAUCCGACAGCAGAACAGAGCGGCAGGAGACUUCUACUCUGACGCCUCCAAAAGAGAUCACUCCAUGAUCCUCAGUUUAGGUGAGUUACCUUCUCAAGAAGACAGUGUGUGGGGGAGCCCUGAGAAGACUUCAGAUGAAGCUCAGAAGAAGAGCAACAACAGCCGAUACCUUUACAGGCAGCUGCGUCAUGUCGAGAAGGAGCUGGGGCUGCUGGGACCUUCGCGUUUUCCAAACCCGGACAGCUACAACCGAGCCAUGCAGCAGGUUCAAGGGAUGAAGGGUCUCCUGGAGGACCGCCUGCCAGCAUCCGGCCUGGACGGUGACCAGCCCGACCGCAGCCCCAGUCCAGAAGAGAGCAUCAGCAACGGGGACACCGCCAAGAAAGGAGGGCUGCCCUGGUGGUUUGUCUUUGUUGGAUGGACACUGGUGAUCGCAACCAGCGGUGUGUCUGGAUACUUCACCAUGAUGUACGGGCUGACGUACGGGAAAGAUCGCUCAAUAAGCUGGCUCAUCUCAAUGGUGGUCUCCUUCUUUGAGAGCCUCUUUAUUACUCAACCCCUGAAGGUUCUUGGUUUUGCCGCUUUCUUUGCUCUCGUCCUGAAGAAAGUGGACCAGGAGGAGUACGGAGAACCGCAGAUAGAUGACACUCUUAGAAAUCCAGACGAUGCGUAUGCCGUGCGGGGGGCGAGGAGAGACAGCACAUGCAGCUUCUAUCAGCCGCCCCCUCCCACGGACAUCGAGAGGAUGAGGAACAACAUGAUUAAAGAGCGGAAAGUCUUCGCACUUAUGGGGGAGAUUCUAACCUACAUGGGAUUUAUGUGGAUGCUGCUUCUGGUGGCGUACGGUCAGAGGGACCCCAACGCUUACUUCCUGAGCCGCCACAUUCGACAGAGCUUCAGUAAAGGGAUCUCAGACAGUAUGAGCAUUCAGGACAUGUUCAACUGGGCAAACACGACUCUGCUGAGCAACUUGUUUGGAGAGCGCCCAGGAUUCAUCACAGACGGAAACUCAAAGCUGGUGGGUAACGCUCGUCUUCGUCAGGUGAGGGUGAAGAGCAACUCCUGCCAGGUCGCUCGUUCCAUGCAGCAGUCUGUUCGGGAGUGUCACUCUCCGUACUCGUGGGAGCUGGAGGACAUGGGCUCCUACGGUCCAGCCUGGAGCCGGUCUGAGGGAGAAAACACCUCAGUGACCCUUCAGAAUCCGUGGUCGUACCAGUCUCAGCGUAAACUGAGGGCCUUCCCCAUCUGGGGCAGUGUGGUGCUCUACAGAGGAGGAGGGUUUGUGGUGGAUCUGGGGCCGGAUUUAACUAAUUCUAGCAGAUCCCUUCAGUACCUUUAUGACAACGCCUGGUUCGAUGUGCACACCCAGGCCGUCUUUGUUGAGUUCACUGUGUACAACGCCAACGUCAACCUCUUUUGCAUUGUCACACUCAUGCUGGAGUCCGCAGCCACAGGAGCUCUUCAGUUCCGCAGCGAGCUUCAGAUUGUGCGUCUCUACCAGUCAACUGGAGGCCUCCACAUUUUUGUCAUGGCUUCUGAAGCCAUCUACUUCCUCUUUAUCAUAUAUUACAUGUUUGUUCAGGGGAAGCUGAUGAAGCUGCAGAAAUGGGCGUAUUUCAAGAGUAAGUGGAACCUGCUGGAGCUGGCCAUCAUCAUUCUGAGCUGGAGUGCACUGUCCGUCUUCAUCAAGAGGACUUUACUGGGGUUACGGGACAUGGACUAUUACCAGAACAACAAAGACCAAUACGCCAGCUUCCAUGAGACGGCCAAGGCUGAUGCGGUGCUCGGGUAUCUGAUUGCCUUCUUGGUGCUGUUGGCGACAGUCAAACUGUGGCACCUGCUGAGACUGAACCCCAAGCUGCACAUGAUCACGUCCACACUGCAGCGAGCCUGGACUGAUAUUUCAGGCUUCCUGGUGGUCAUGACCAUCAUGUUCCUGGCCUACUCCGUUGCUUCUAACCUGAUGUAUGGCUGGAAGUUGUACUCCUAUCGGACUCUGCUGGACGCUGUGCAGACCAUGGUCAGCCUGCAGCUCGGCAUUUUUAAUUACGAAGAGGUUCUGAAUUAUAACCCGGUGCUCGGAGCUUUCCUCAUCGGCUCCUGCAUCGCGUUCAUGACCUUUGUGGUGUUGAACCUCUUCAUCUCUGUCAUCCUGGUGGCAUUCAGUCAAGAACGGAUCCAUCAUAAGCCAUCAGAAGAGGAAGAGAUUGUGGACCUGAUGCUCAUGAAACUCUGCAGUUUAUUCGGACUGAAAUGUAAGAAACAAGGUGGCGACAGCCCGACCGAGAGGCCAUUUGUUCCAUCUGUCUCAGCGACAUCGACUAAUGCUUCUGGAAAAAUUCAUGCGGACUGA